AUGGCACGGCAUUUCAAAAAACGGCCCCUAGUUCCCGGUCGCCCCGCUAUUCCUGGCCAAGUCGGCGGCCAUGGUAACGGCGGGACAGGGGGUGCUAAGAAUCCCCGGGCUACGAAAGGCCGACAACACCAACUGACCCUGGCUACGUACAACGGACGCACGCUACGGCUCGAUGAACACCUGGCUCAGCUCGAGGUGGAACUGGGGAGCAUGAGGUGGCAUAUUCUGGGGCUGUCUGAAGUCCGAAGACAGGGGGAGGACACAGUGACCUUUAAGUCUGGCCAUCUCAUGUAUUUUAGGGAAGGGGACCAACCAUCUCAAGGCGGCGUCGGGUUUUUGGUCCACAAAUCCCUCUCAGACAGUGUCUUGGAGAUCUCCAGCGUGUCGACUAGGGUAGCGUACCUUGUGAUAAAACUUACUAAGAGGUAUAACCUAAAAGUCAUCCAAGUGUACGCCCCUACCUCGACAUAUACGGACGAAGAAGUAGAGGAAAUGUACGAGGACAUUUCUAGGGCCUUGCAUACCACCCAAAAGGCCCACUUCAACGUUGUCAUGGGGGACUUUAACGCAAAAGUGGGAGUACAUAUUAGCGGCGAAUCGGUAAUAGGACCACACGGGUUUGGUAGCAGGAACCAUAGGGGGCAAAUGCUCGUCAACUUCCUGGAGAAGGAGGGGCUAUUCUUGAUGAACUCCUUCUUUAAGAAGCAGCCUCAACGGAAGUGGACGUGGCGGAGCCCCGACACUAUGACUAAAAAUGAGAUAGACUUCAUUAUGACGGACAAAAAGCGAAUAUUUAGAGAUGUCUCUGUGAUCAAUAGGUUCAACACAGGAAGUGAUCACCGACUGGUACGAGGCACUCUAAACAUCGAACACAAAUUCGAGCGUGCCCGUCUUAUGAAGUCUACGCUCCGACCUAAUUUGCUCCAAACUGUUGUCGGGUCCGAAAGCUUCCAGCUCAAACUGGAAAAUCGAUUCGCUGUCUUGGAAACCACAAUAGACGCUGAUAUUGACCAAAAACUCGACCAAAUGGUCGGGAUACUCCGAGAUGAGGGGACGAAAAUGUGGCGGGCGCAAAAUACCGAUCCCGGCACCGCCGACCGCAGUUGA